AUGUAUUCCCCCGGCCCCGUCUCCGCGCCUCCCGCGCCGAACCACACCGCGUGGCGCUGCGGCGCGCAGGAGGAACACGCGGAGGUCACCUCGGUGUCGCGCCUUCCCCGCAGCCACUCCAUCAGUAACGGCGCUAUUGCCGCCGCCGCGGCCGCUAACAGAAACGGCUGCCAGGAGCGCGGCGGCGGGAGCUCGGGUCCGCAUCCCCGCGCCAGAAACAAUCCCCCGACGAGUGGCGGGAGCUCCGGCGGAAGCGACUCUGGCGGAAACUCAGGCGGAAUCUCCGACCCGCCGCCUUUGCAGCGGACGGAGGUCGUGGUCGUGCGGCGCGGGGAGCGCGACCGAGGCGGAAUCGUUCCCCGCGCCCCGCUCUCACCAAGGCCUUUGGGUGCCGUUGCGCCGCCGCAGGGGGGUAGGAUGCUCAGAAGCGCGUCUUGCGACGGCAAUGCUGCUGCCACCGCUGGUAACGCCGCGGAAUGCGGGAGCCUCAAGCCGCGUCUUGGCGGGCCGCCAGUCGUAUCACCCCGUGCCGUCGCUGCUACUGCUCGAAGCGCCGUUAGAUUGCCUGAUGACGACAUUGCGAGACGCGCGAAUUCCGCCGUCGCGUCGUUCGCAAGUCGAACGAAGCCGGGCAGAGAUUGUCAGAGUCAAGAUUCCACGCCGCGUUUCCCGGCCAGAGCGUCGUUUCCGCGAAGCCGGUCCUCGAGUUGCUUCCAAAACGUUUCACAAAGCGCAGCAGCGGACAAGACGCGAGCCCGGCUUCUCGCCACGUCGCACGCGGAAACCGUUGCGCCCUCGCAGGAACCACGUUCUGCGUUGAAAGAUGAAUCGUCCAACUCUGAUUCCUCCGAUUCCGACGACGAGUUCGUGCAGCUUUACGGGGUCGCCGCCAAGCAGCGCGCCGCCGCCGCCGCAGCGCUCGCCGCCGCCAACAGCGCGCUCUGCGCGCGCGCCAGCGUGGUCAGCGGGAGGGGCAGCCGCGCGCUGCCCGGAAGCAGCGCGCCCGGGCCGUUCAGAGCGUCCGGGAAAUCACAGCAAGCAGCGGAAGCGCACGGUGCGCGCGCGCGGCGAUUUUCCGACCAGUUCCCCAUUCGCAGCGUUCCCGAGGACGCGGAGGUUCUGGGCGACGGGACGCGCGCGGACGACGCGGAAGGCGCAUGCGCGGUAACCCCCCGGCGCAGGGCGUCGCGCUCCAUGGACCUAGAUGCGGAGCGCGCGGAGGACGACGUCUGCUUCAGAAGCGCCAGCACGAGCAGAAGCGUCAACAGUAGCAGCGCCUCCAACGAGCGCCAGCGGAAUCUUGAGUCGAGUCAAAAGUUGCUGCUGCUGGUGCCCCAAAAGUCGCUGCCAUCGCCUCGCACGAACUCUCACCCCUGUGGGAGCGAUCGCCAGGGGGUGAAUAUUACUCCUAGCGAUGAAGCCAUGGCUGCUUUGCCCUCCUCCCCUUUCAGUGGAGUGCUCGCUUCGCCACGAAUCAUGCGGCAGCAGCAGCAGCAGCAGCAGCAAAGGCGGCAGCAGCAGGUCCUGACUGUGGGGUCCAAGGGAAUGCGUAGUCCAGUGGGGAAGGUGGUGAUAGGUGAGGAGGAGGAGACGCAUAGAGAGUAUGUGCAGCUGUGGUGGCAGCGGCAACAGCAGCAGCAGCAGCAGCAGCAGCAGCAGCAGCAGCAGCAGCUGCCGCCGCCAUUGCCGCAGCUGCAGCGGCAGCAGCAGCACAAUGAAAGCACGGUUGACUCGCCACCCUCGCAGCAGCAGGCGCAGCAGGCGCAGCAGCAGAGGAGGAGGACACAGGGCACGGAGCAGUCGCUCAGGCGGAGGCGAAACUUUUCAAAUGAGGAGCUACAGGCGCAGGUGGAUGCUCUACAGGAGCAACUGAAGCAGCUACAAACGGAGCACCUGCUGCAGCAGCGGAAGGAAUGGCAGAGAAUGGAGGUGGUGGUGGUUCAGGAGGAACAAGGACCGAGAGAGGAAGAGGAACUGUACACCCAAGACAACGAGGCCAAUGCAUAG